AUGCCUUUAUCUGAUACACAAGUUUUUGUUGCUCUUUUUGUUGCACUUAUUACAGGGAUUCUUUCAGUACGACUUGGAGCUCAACUUUACAAGUAA